AUGACAGCCACGUAUCCUAAAAGCCCACCACUAUUGACUUUGAAAGAUACCGGCGACCUUCGUGAGGUCGUGCUGUUCAAACUUCAGAAGUACCUCGAGAUACAGCCGAGGGUCUUCGCCACUGAGGAGCAGGAGAUGGUAGAUCGUAUUGUUGAAGGACUGAGAGACAUCUUGGAAGACGCCGCGCAAGCCAAGGCGAAAGGUCGAGAGUUGCCCUCACUUGAAGAAGAGAGGGCCACCCACGAAGCACUCCUUGCCAAACUAGCGCAGGAACAGAAAGAAGAGGAGGAGCGGAAGAAAGAGGAAGAGAGCAAGGAGGAAGAGAGAGUACUUGGCGGCCUGCUGCAAGUUGAACUUAAGCGCCAGAAAGAGAAGGCCAAGGAGUCACGCAAGAAGAAAAACCCCAACGGGAUGUCGCCGCUUAGCACCAUGGGCGGGAUAAACGGUACCGAGAGCGGGCGCAUCGUCUUCGAUCGUCCCUGUCAGACUACAGACAAGACUGGAAAUAUCAUCUCAUUCCAGGCUGUCUUCGGAAAGUCUGAGGUCGCAAAAGGUCCCCUUUCUUCCGUCUAUUCUGUCUGGCCCAUUGUUCCCAGUGGCCAAGAAUGCCCCAACUUGGCCCUGAAGGAGACGACUUUGCGUCCUGCCACAAAGGACAUUGCUGUUUUCAAGAAGCAGGUCCAGUCCCUAGAGAACCAGCUUGAGACGCUGAAACAGGUUCGCCAUCGAAACUUGCUUGAGGUUCUGGACUUCAGAGUGGAGCAGGAGAAGAACAACGCAGAGAAGUCGUCGAUGCAUCUCUGGACCGUCAGCGUUCUCACCCCGAGCGCCGAGAAGGGCUCUCUAUCUGAGUUACUGGAUCUAGCUGAUCGUCUAGACACCAGUAAGGUGCGCGCUUGGACGAGGGACCUCUUGGAUGCCUUGAACUUCCUCCACAACAAGUCGCUCGUUCAUCAAGAUAUCCAUCCAGGGAAUAUCCUGCUUUUCAGAGAGCAAACUGGGGAGGUGGUGCCAAAGUUGUCUGAUGCAAGCUAUCAGAGAGAAUUGCACAAUAUCUCUUCGAAAGGACAGGCACCUCCCGGCCUAAGCUCUGCCAAGUCUGCCUACUGGCUGCCGCCCGAGAUUGCAACCCUGUCAAAGCCGCAUUAUACAGCGAAGACGGACAUCUGGGACUUUGGCCUCGUCUUCCUGCAGAUGAUCUUUGGGCUUGACGUCCCCCAGAAGUAUCGAUCGCCGACUGAUGUUUUCGAUUCCCUAUCUCUUUCGAAACCAUUGCACGAGUUGGUCACAAAACUCUUCAAGAUGGACCCUAAGAAGAGACCUCGCGCUUUCGAGCUCGGCUCAAGCGAGUUUCUUGCCACAGACGCGCCGGUAGUGGUGGAAGACAACACUGCCAUCAUGUCGAGCUACCAUUCCCUCGGCUCUUUGUCACCUAUGCCACCGAGGCUCAGGCGCGAGUCAACGAACAGAGGAAUCUUAACGAACAGGGGAACCACCUCAUCACGUUACCGGGAAGAUUUUGAUGAGGAAGGACGACUAGGAAAGGGAGGCUUCGGCGAGGUUGUUAAGGCUCGGAAAAAGCUUGACGGACAGAUUUACGCUAUCAAAAAGGUCAGUCAGCGUUCGCAAGCCAGUCUCACAGAAAUCCUGAAAGAGGUUCGACUUCUAUCUCAGCUGAGCCACCCAGCCGUGGUUCGUUACUAUAAUACUUGGGUUGAGGAGAUUGCGGACCAGUCGGAUACCGAGGGUGACACCUCCACAGAGGACGCAACGGAGGACUCCAAAGACACUAUUUCCCAGAGCUCAGCGAUUCACUUCGCUACGAGUACUGGAGGACUGGACUUCAUGUCGUCGAGCCACCCACAAAUUGAAUUCGGCUAUGACGAUUCUGAAGAGGAAGAAGAGGACGACGAUGAGGAGGAUGAAGACGACUCAGAGGAAGACAGUGAAUCUGAGGAAGAGGACAGCAACCGGGCUGUCGGGCAUGUUCGAGCGCAUGCUAGAGCCAGAUCUCAGCGGCCCUUCAGGACCAUCCUCUACAUUUCUAUGGAGUACUGUGAGAAACGAACACUUCGCGAUUUGAUCACCAGAAAGCUGUAUCAAAAUACCCCUGAGAUAUGGCGCUUGUUCCGACAAAUACUCGAAGGCCUUGCUCAUAUUCAUGGCCUCAGCAUUGUUCAUCGAGAUCUGAAACCUGAGAAUGUCUUUAUCGCCCACAGCAGCGACGGGACGGAUAAUGUCAAGAUUGGAGACUUUGGUCUGGCCACCAGCGGCCAAUUCGCUGUUGACAGAAGCCUCCCAAAUGCCAUGGAAUCGGACGACAUCACCCGAAGCAUCGGCACAACGUCGUAUGCGGCCCCGGAGAUGUACUCGCUUGGAAUUAUCUUCUUCGAAAUGUGCUACCAACCUAUGCUAGGCAUGCAGAGAGCCAUGGUGAUUGAGCAGCUUCGUCAAUCACCCCCGGUGCUUCCAUCAGACUUCAGACCAGCCGACAAGAUACAAACCGAGAUCGUCACUUCUCUAUUAACACACAAUCCAAAGGAACGUCCUUCCAGCGCUGAGCUACUGCAGAGCGGAAAAUUGCCUGUCCAGAUGGAAAGCGAAACCAUCAGGCGCACUCUCGCCGGUCUUGCGGAUCCUAGCUCGCCGUACUACAAAAAGAUGCUGUCGACCUUGUUUGCGCGACCAGUGGAGCAGGCGAAAGACUAUGCGUGGGACAUGAACGAGACGAGUCCCAGCGAGACGGACUUGGUGAACCUAAGUACCGUCAAGGCAACACUGAUAGACAUCUUUCGUCGGCACGGGGCACUCGAGUGCCAACGGAACUGCCUGUACCCUCGCUCCUCGCACUACAAGGACUCAAACGCCGUGAAGCUGCUGGAUGCGAACGGAAUGGUGCUCCAGCUGCCAUUUGAUCUUACCAUGGGUCAUGCAAGAAUGCUGGCAAAGGCCAGCGGAAGCGCGAGUGUUCAGAGAAUCUUCACCUUCGGCAACGUCUUCCGCGAUAGAAACGACACGGGCCAGCCUCUGAUGCUUGGCGAGGUCGACUUUGACAUCGUCACAACUGAUACCCUGGAUCUAGCCCUCAAAGAAGCGGAGGUCAUCAAGGUUCUUGACGAGAUCAUCGCCGUAUUUCCGUCCUUGUCGUCAAGCCAGAUGUGCUUCCAUCUAGGACAUUCGGAUCUUUUGCAGUUGAUUUUUGAUCACUGCCGUGUAGAUCCCGUGUCGCGAAGAGCUGCAGCCGACAUUCUCAGCAACCUGAACAUCCACAGCCAGACUUGGCAAAAGAUCAGGGUACAGUUACGAUCUCCUAUUGUUGGCUUGUCGGCUACGAGUGUGGAUGAGUUGCAGCGUUUCGACUUUAGAGACACCCCCUCAAAGGCGUUCUCCAAGUUGAAGUCAAUCUUUGAGGGGACAGACAUGUAUCGAAGGGCGUCAUCAACUCUGGCUCAUCUGAAAGAAGUCUCGGAAUAUGCCAAACGACUCGGAGUCGCAAGCAAGAUUUAUGUCACCCCUCUUAACAGUCUCAAGGAAAGCUUCUACACGGGAGGAAUCAUGUUUUCCUGCGUCUACGACAAGAAAGUCAAAGACGUAUUUGCCGCCGGCGGCCGGUAUGACAGUCUUAUCAGAGAGAAACGGCCCAGAAUCGGUAGCCAUUACGAAGAACGGCACGCCGUGGGCUUCAACCUCAACUGGGAGAAGCUAUCUAGGGUGCCCAAGACGAGCGGCAAAGCGUUCCUCAAGAAGACGGAGGAAGAUACCAAUAAUAUCUUCCACAACGCUCGAAGAUGCGAUGCGCUUGUCGCCAGUUUUGACGCUGCGAUCCUGCGAUCCAUGGGAAUAGAAAUCUUGCAGACGCUCUGGGCGAACGGCAUCAGCGCGGAGCUCGCCAAAGACGCGCGAUCACCGGAAGACUUGCUGGCCCGCAACCGCGACGAGGGGUACUGCUGGAUCGUCAUCAUCAAGCAGGACGCCAUCGUCAAGGUCAAGACGAUGGACAAGAAGGACACGCCGGACGUCGACCUGCCGAUCGCGCAGCUGCUAUCGUGGCUGCGGGGCGAGAUGCGCGAGCGCGACUCCAAGGCGGUGGUCAAGAUGCGCGGCGUGCAGCAGCAGUCCGAGUCGACGCCGGUCAUCGAGCACGAGCAGGAUGUGCGGGUGAUGGUGGCAGGGACGCGGAGCAAGAAGUUCAACCGGAGGACGGUGGUGGAGCAGGCGCAGUUCAGCGCGGCGAGCCUGGUGCACUCGUUCCUUGACGGCCCCAUCUUGGCCGUAGAGACAACGGAUCAGGUCAUGGACAUGAUUAGGGAGACGUGCCUGUCAGACGCGGAGAGCUGGAGGAAGCUGGAGCACAGCGUGACGACGGCGGAGAAGAAGUACGUGCGGGAGAUCCACGCCGAGAUGGUCAAGUCGAAGGCGGCGUGGGAGAUGAGGAAUGCCAGCCGGCAUUCGUUCAUCUACAACUUCAGGACGGGGAACUGCAUCUACUACGACCUUGGGGCAUGA